GUUUGAUGCACGUCGACUCAACACGGCAUUCACUUUCUCUUUAUCGCGAUAACUUCCGGAAAAGUUGAGAUUAGCCCUGUACAAAUACGUUUUCGAUGUGCCGAAGUGUCUCGUCAAAUAUCGAAUUAAUAAAUUACUUGGUCAGACGUUAUCGCAGCGAAAAACAGUAGUAACAACUGAAAUUCUGUGUGAUCGUCCGCUCAGACAAGUGAGCAGUGUUUGAUGAUAAUGGCCGAUGCAGAGGGUAAAAAGUUGACCGAGCUGAGGGUAAUAGAUCUGAAAACGGAGCUGGAAAGACGGGGACUCGAUAAAACUGGAAAUAAAGCAGCACUUCUCGAGCGAUUAUCCAAGGCUAUUUCUGAGGAGGGAGAGGACCCGGAGGAGUACCUCAUCGUCCCCUGCGUUGGGACAAACAAGAUAAGCCCAAGGAAAAACAGUGUUUCUGGGUUAAUUCCUGCUGAAGAACCGCACGAGAUCCAGGAUAGUAAUCACAAGGAGGACAACACCGAUAACAAUAAAGAUAAUGAGGAAAUAAAGAACAAUGAGCAACCAAAAUCUCCCAUCGCCGAAGUAGAAGCUAAACCAACUCUCAAAUGCGAAUCUCCGGAGAUAAUUGAACUAGACCCACCAGAAGAAGAGAAGAAAGAAGAAGCGAAUGAAGAGUCACAAGAAGAACCAAAGGAGAAAGAGAAGGAUAACGAUAAGGAUAAGGAUAAGAAAGAGGAAGUAGUUGUGAAGGAAGAGCCGAUGGAGGUGGAUGUAGAGGUGAAAGAGAGUGCUAUGGAGCCUGAGAAGAUCGAGGAAAAGAAACCAAGCUCUGAAAACACCUCAAUUGCUCCUCCUCCUGCUCCAGUAAUUGACACCAAUACUGUGGCCAAUACCAUCGAGACGAAUGGCAUCGACAACGAGGAUUCCAUCAAUCUGACCAUCGGGGAGGAUGAAGAGAACCUCCUCGCCGAGGAGGCGGAGACUCACAUCAAGCAGAAAGAUGGUGGGGGUAAGAAGAGAAUUGAAGAUAACAGCAAGAAGGGUGAUUCCAAAGGUAGCAGAGGUGACACUGGAGGUGGCAACAAGGACAGCACAUCCAACUCAACCGGGAACAAGAGCAAGGACGAUGGAGGCAAGAGCAGUGACUCUAGUAACAAGGGACAGAAGAGAGAUGAUAAGGACAAGAAAACAAGCAGCCCUGCAAACGCAGGUAGCCGUAACUUGUGGGUAUCCGGUUUAUCCUCAACGACUCGUGCCACCGACUUGAAGCAGAUAUUCUCGAAGUACGGAAAAGUAAUCGGUGCCAAAGUGGUGACAAACGCUAGAACACCAGGUGCUAGGUGUUACGGUUACGUUACGAUGUCAACAAGUGAGGAUGCAGCCAAGUGCAUUCAACAUCUGCAUCGAACGGAGUUGCACGGUCGUGUAAUAUCCGUGGAGAAGGCCAAAGGUGAUUCCCAACAGAGUCACAUGCGUAAACGAGAAUCAACCAAUGGAAAGCCAGAGAAGAAGGACGACAAGGACAAGACCAAAUCAUCGGAUCACCACGACUCCAAUGACAAAAAGGAGAAGAGCGAUAAAAAAGAGGAUGAGGAUAAGCCCGGGGAUACGCCGAAGAAAUCCGAGGAGAAGUCCCACUCUGAUGAUAAAAAAUCAGAGAGCAGUGAGAAGAAGGAUGGAAAGGAGGAGGGUAAGGAUGCUGAUGCUAGAUCAACCAAGUCGACGAGCAAGAAACCGGAGGGUGAACGUAAACGCGAUGACAAACGCUCUCGCCCGGCUGAUGCUCAUCGUUCGCACACUCGAUCUCGCAGUCGCGAGAGAAGGCGGAGGGAUGAUGUACUGACAUUUGCCAAGAUCAGGGAGGAGAGGGAGAGACAACGACUAAGGGAUCGUGAACGUUUGCUUCGUGAGGAAGAACGACGGCGUCGAGAGGAUAUGGAACGACAGAGGGAGAUCGAACGUCGGCAAAGGGAGGAAGCAGCUCGUCUUGAGAGGGAGAGGGAGAAACUCCGGCGAGAGAGAGAGAGAAUUGAGCAGGAGAAGGCAGAGCUGUUGAGGCUCGAGAGGGAGAGGCAAAAGCUGGAGAGAGAGAAACUCGAGAGGGAAAGGCUGGAGCUCAAGAGACAGCAAAUGAGGCUCGAGGAGAGCCGGAGAGUACCACCUCCACCUGCUAUCAAGAGGUCCUCUAGUGACAGGAGGGACAUCAGGGAGAUGUAUGCAGAGCCUGAGAGGAAGAGGCUCACCACUGAUCACAGCAGGAGACAUUCUCCUGAGAGGGUCUCCGAGAGGAGGAAUGACAUUCUUGAGCGCGUGUCUGAUAGGAGGAUCGAUGGAUCACCUUCUGGCAGAUAUGAAUCCUCUAGGUCAGGUCAGGAUUUAUCUUUGAAAAAGGACUUCAAGCGUGGAAGUGAGUUUUCAUCCCGUAGCAGUCGGCCGGAAACAUUCACCGAUGUGUCUCGAGGAAGAGAGGUCAUCGUACGACGUGAGACUCUACCAACUGGGUCGUCAACAAUUGAUCCACGUCAGGUGAAAGAGAGUCGAUACGAAAGACCCAGCAGCACAUCUUAUGGACGCAGUGAGCGUGAAGUACGACGUAACGACACAGAUAAUCACAGAAGCUCUAGAGACUCGAGCCGUUACAGCGACAGCUCCAAACCACCGAAUUCCAAUACACAAGGACGUGACAGUCGUUACAGCGAGAGUAGUAGAACUGCAAGUGGAUGGCACGGUAGUGGCCCAUCGUCGAAAUCAUUCAAUGCAGUAACCAGCAGUGGCAGCCAACGGAGUGACGUGAGAAAUGAUCAAUCGAGUUGGAGCAAUCGUUCAUCAGACGGUGUCAAUAGAUGGGUAUCAGGCAGCUCUGGAAACACUCUGAGACAUCCUGGACCACCUAUGGGCUAUCAAGGUGGACCCAUUCAAUCCAUGGGCAUCACUGCACCUGGCACAACUCCUUCUAACGAACGCUUCGACCCGUACAAGUAUUCCAUUCCCAGUAUGAGAAAGUAUUAAUCGUAAAACAUAAAUCAACUAGUUGAGUUUUUUGAUUAAUACGUAUUCUGCACCCGUAAUACGUAUUGUGUACAGUCUGGUGUUUAUUUUCUCAUCAGUUUUUUCUCCUUUUUUUUUCCCCGAGCAAUCUAUGUAUAUUUGUUUAUAGAAGUUGUGAAUCGUGCGCUAUUGAACUAGAAUUUCAAUGAAUUUAGAGAUUUCUGAGAGAAGAAUCACUUCUGUCGCUUUUAGGUUGGGUUUUACGUAUCAGAAGAAAUUUAUUAAUUAUGCAUAAUAUGACUAUUCAGGGGAGGGAAUGGAACAUGUUUGUAAUUUUUUGUUCGUGCUAGCGAUUCACUCACCCCCCUCAACAACCACUUUUAAAUUUUUCAUUUUUCAAUGAUUUUUAUUAAUCAUACAGCUAAAUCUGGGUGUAUAAGGAUUUCGUCACUACCGAUUACGAUGUGGACAUUUGAAUGAACUAAUAUGAUAUUGAACGUAGUAAGAGAACAAUGUUUAUAUCUGUAACAUUUAAUCUCUACUUGCUAGACUAAUUAUCGAAAUAAAUUGACAUUUAAGAGCAAAAUUCA